GAUUUUUGCAGAGUUUAGUGUAACAAAAUGACCAGCGAACAAAGAUUCCAAGGGUACAGUCUCGGCAGGAACAGCUCCAAAGUGAUAGCACCGCCAGGUGGCAAAACGAGUAUCAAUCUAUUCGGUGGGUACGGAGAAGACCCAGUCGAAGCUCCAAAACCAAAAGUAGCUGCUCCAGCUCCUGUUGCAGUCUCUGCUCCAUCUCACGAACCCUUCCAACGAAUUGUGGCACCGCCUGGUGGUCAAACGAGUAUCAAUCUGUACGGAAGGGGACAACCCGCCGCCCCACAACCAACAACCGCUGCCACAAAACCGACAGCCACUGCUCCACCACCGGCUAAAGCAGCCCCUGAACCAGCUGCUACUCCAUUCUAUCGAAUUAUGGCACCGCCUGGUGGUCAAACAAGUAUCAAUCUGUACGGAGGGGGACCACCCGCCGCCCCACAACCAACAACCGCUGCCACAAAACCGACAGCCACUGCGCCACCACCGGCAAAAGUAGUCCCUGAACCUGCUGCUACUCCAUUCUAUCGAGUGAUGGCACCUCCUGGUGGCAAGACUAGUAUCAGCCUGUUUGGUGGGUACGGAGAAGACCCAGUCGCCCCAAAACCUAAAGCAGCUGCUCCUGCAGCAGCAGCCGCCCCAGCCCCUGCUGCUGCCUCCGCUUCAGCUCCAGCAGCAGCCCCUGCUCCAGCUGCAGCUGCUCCAGCCGCAGCUGCUGCCUCUGCAGGCGAACCGUUUGUGCCUGCUGGUCAGCGAGUAGCAAAGCCGGACAGAUUCGAGAAGGAACACCAGGUGUCGAACUGCCAGAAAGCCAGGAACGAAUCGAGUGUGUUCGGAGCCCCAGAUCCCGGUGCAAGAAAACAAGUGGUCAAAAUAGUCAGACCCCCUGGUGGCCAAUCUUCCAUCUCUUUCGGAUAAACUGAGAGAUUUUUUGUGGCUGUCACAUAUUUGGGGUUGUCUGGCCAGGCCCUAUGUGAGAGGAUUAUAAUGUGACUGCAUGUUGGACAAUGUCAUAAUCUAUGUAUUUAUUGCGCUGACCGCUUAAUUGGAUUUAGAACCUUCUUGAAGGUUCUAAAACCUCAUUUCCCAGUUAUUUCCCCUUUUUGACUACCUGUUUGCAUGAUAUUGAUCAGAAUGAUUCCAGUUAUAUUAGUUUGAGUAAUUCAGAAGUUUUCUGCUUUUUUGAUUGUCACAGCAAUUCAAUUACAAAUUCACCGACUAUAUUAUUUGAAGUUUUCCACCAAAGAUGAAGUCUUAACAUAGGCACUGAUCAGUGAUCAAGAUAUUUUCAGUAAACUCUCGUAUACCUGUGUCAAUUUAUGUUGCUGAACAGUCACCAGUUUUAAAAUUGGCAUUGGAUAGUUAUUAAUUUUAAGUUAUAAUUAUACUGUAUCAAUAA